UUACAAGCCCCCCUCUUCUCCUUUUACUAUCUCCACUUCUCUCUCUCUAUCUCUCUCUAUCAUCCUUCUCCUUUCUUUCUCUCUCUUCCCUUCAAUUUCAUCAUCCAGAUCUCUUCCAUUGAUUCUCCAAUGGAAGAUCAAGCUCUUCCUCAACGGACCCAUCUAUCUUCUUCAACAUCUUCACCCUCUUCUUCUUCUUCUUCUUCUUCUUCUUCUUCUAUUCAGCUCAAUUUACCUUCUUCAAUGUCUCGGGCUUCUCACUCACUUGAAACCCUAACCCCAUCUCGCCAAAUCGACCGUAUGAUCAAUAUCAACCACCAUUUGUCCCCAUCUAGAGCUAUUUACUCCGAUAGAUUCAUACCCAGUAGAUCUGGUUCUAAUUUUGCCCUUUUUGAUAUCUCCCCUGUUUCCAAUUCCCACUCUGAUGGUCGUGAGGAUACUUCUACUGCUUACGCUACCCUUCUUCGUACUGCUUUGUUUGGUCCUGAUUCUGGUGUAAUCCCUCCUGCUACUCCUGAGAAGAGAAGCUCCCCAAUGUGCCUUCCCAAUCAUAAUAUUUUUCGUUAUAAGACCGAGACGAGAAGGUCAAUGCAUUCCCUUUCGCCUUUUGGCUUUGAUGCUGCUGCUCCCGGCCUUAAUCCCAGUCCGGUUAAGACUCCCAGGAAGGUUCCUCGAUCGCCUUAUAAGGUCUUGGAUGCACCUGCUUUGCAAGAUGAUUUUUAUCUCAAUCUUGUGGAUUGGUCUUCGCAUAACGUGCUGGCUGUGGGGUUGGGUAAUUGUGUUUAUCUCUGGAAUGCUUGCAGUAGUAAGGUCACCAAGUUGUGUGAUUUAGGAAUUGAUGACAGUGUAUGUUCAGUGGGCUGGGCACAGCGUGGAACUCAUCUUGCUGUUGGCACUAGCAAUGGGAAAGUCCAGAUUUGGGAUGCAUCACGCUGUAAAAGGGUUAGGACCAUGGAGGGGCAUCGGUUACGAAUUGGAGCCUUAGCUUGGAGCUCAUCACUUUUAUCGUCUGGUAGCAGGGACAAAAGUAUUCUUCAAAGAGAUAUUAGGGCUCAGGAUGAUUUUGUGACUAAAUUAUCUGGCCAUAAAUCAGAGGUUUGUGGAUUGAAAUGGUCAUAUGAUAAUCGUGAAUUGGCAUCAGGAGGAAAUGACAAUAGAUUAUUUGUUUGGAAUCAACAUUCAACCCAACCUGUACUUAAAUUUUAUGAGCACACAGCUGCUGUUAAAGCUAUAGCAUGGUCUCCUCAUCUUCAUGGACUACUCGCAUCAGGGGGUGGAACUGCCGAUCGAUGUAUUCGUUUUUGGAACACAACUACCAAUACACACUUGAGCUGCAUGGACACUGGAAGUCAGGUGUGCAAUCUGGCAUGGUCUAAGAAUGUUAAUGAACUUGUUAGUACUCAUGGGUUCUCCCAAAACCAAAUAAUAGUCUGGAGAUAUCCAACCAUGUCCAAGUUGGCGACAUUGACUGGCCAUACUUUCAGAGUUCUUUAUCUGGCCAUAUCUCCUGAUGGACAGACCAUUGUAACAGGCGCUGGUGAUGAAACUCUAAGAUUUUGGAAUGUCUUCCCUUCACCUAAAUCACAGAACACGGACAGUGAAAUCGGGGCAUCCUUCCUGGGACGAACCACCAUCCGUUAACCAUUGAAGAACCCCUGUUCUUAACACAUACCCUUCAACUUUCUUGCACCAUCUUUUUUGAGGAAUAAUGACAAAGAUUUUUUGUCAAUGGUUUAGAAAGAUUCAAUAUGAAGAACUUAACCAAAUCUGGUCUGCAUUAGCCAAAGCAAAGCUACAUGAGAUCUGAGAAAGCUGUAGAUGAAAAAAAAAAAAAAAAGGAAGUGAUGGAUUUUCAAAUAGUCUUUACACGGAGGAGAUGUUCUCAAAUCUCCAUUAUUUUCUUCUUCCCCACUUCAAUAGAAAAAUAUAGUAAGGUAAAUAAUUACCCAAUAUUUUGAUUAUUACUUCCGUGACUUGUAAAUUUAAGAGAGGAGAGAUUUUUUAUUCAUAUGAUUCAUUCAUAGAUAUUUGGGGUAUAAUUCAUGUACAUAUGUAUUAUUCUUUUCCAUUAUAGUUUGAAAUCUGAAAAAUUUUGAUGGGAUUGAUAACA